CUCACCGCUAGCCAUGUGUUCAGUUUGUCUUCCGCCAGACAUCACAAAAGAGCAGAUACAACUGAAGAAGAGAUGGUAUAAAUUCAACACCGUUUGAGCGUCUCUCAUUUUGAACCAGUCCCUUGUUGAUUUCGGCACGAGACUGUGCGUAGACGUGCCUCUACUAGCUAAGCUUUUUCUAGAAAAAACAACAUAACGGUUUAGCAGUGAGAAAGUUAAUGUUUAGGCAUUAGUUUUAGUUCGAAGUCGAAAGCCAGCAGUUCGGUAAAAGCAGCUCGCUACAGAAAAGAAAGUGCAAGUUUAGUCGAAGAAUUACCAAAGAAUAUCAAAUUUGCAAGCAUGGCCACUAUCAUCUGGGAAAACUUGGACACGGAACUAUUCCGGACGUACGCCUUCUGGAGCAUCAUACUGGUGCUGAAAAUGCUGGCCUUGUCACAGCUAACAUCGCUGAUAAGAGUACGCAAGGGGGUGGUUGCCAACCGCGAGGAUGCUGCAAUGAUCAGCCCUACAGCGAAGCCCAUAUUCGACGAUCCUCAGGUCGAACGAGUACGCAGAGCCCAUCGCAACGACCUGGAAAACAUACUGCCCUUCUUCCUGGUGGCUUUUCUGUACCUACUGACCCGACCAGAUCCAACCCUGGCUGCCAAUCUCAUCCGGAUAGCGGCCAUCAGUCGUAUCGUUCACAGUAUCGUAUAUGCGGUGUUCGUGGUGCCACAACCGGCACGGUUGUUGAGCUAUGCGGUGACCCAGCUGGUGAUGGCAUACAUGGCCUUCAAGUGCAUCUGCUUUUAUCUGUGAAUAAAUGUUUCACUUUUUUUUGUGUCUGCAUGAGAAUAAAUGAUCUAAUAAAGUUCGGGUGAAUGGGAAGCAACUGAAACGUUUUAUCUUCUUGUGGUCUUCAGAGCAUUUGUGAAUUGCGAAAGGAAAUAUUAGACCAAUCAGUAUUCAGCAACAGGAAAGCAACACUCUUCCGAUAGGUCGUAACGAGCUGUACAAUCCAAUGAGUCACGCGUUUCAAUACUUUCACGUCACCCCGGAAAGUGACUCAAGCAAUUAUUUAUAGAUAACUGCUUCCACGUAUCUUGAUUUAGUUAGAUCUGGAAGAAAAAUUCUU